UUUGACUUUAGACGGAGCCUGUUCAUUCGUUCCGCUCGUGCCCGGGCGGCUGAAGCCCACUGAGGCCGGGACUGGUCUACGGUUGUGUGUGCUCCACCGUUUCACCCGUAUAGCGAGGCCUCCGGUCGAGUUGACUACAGCGUCUGCUGGAGGCUGCCGCGGUCCCACCUGCCGCAGUUGUGAGCCGGCAGCCGCGCGGGUCUCACCGCGUCAGCAGCGCAGCGCGUGAUCGGGAGCGGACCGAGGGACACUGUGGCCUAACUGUGGCAGAGGCUGGCAUACUGCGCACUGUGGCAGCAACAGAAACACUGUGACUGAGCUGUGACGGCAGGUGUGGGACACUGCGAUAGCCGUGGCUGCGAUCAGAAUGCUGUGACAAAGCUGUGGCAGCGACAGGAUGACUGUGACGAAACUGUGACAGCGCCAGGCAUCCUGUGAACUGUGGCUGCGACCGGGAGACUGUGAACUGUGGCUACGACAGGCGUACCGUGACUGACUUGCGGUGGUAGGAGACGGUUCUUUGUCGACAAACGUCAAACCCAUUCUGACACGAUGGAGGGAGCGUCGUCCUUCAGCGUGGUCGACUACUGCGUGUUUGGCGGCACGCUGCUGCUCUCGCUGCUCAUUGGAGUCUACUACGCCUGCCGCGGACAGCACUCCAAUGACGAGAUGCUGCUCGGAGGGCGCAACCUGCGCGUGCUGCCCGUCUCCAUAUCGGUCAUGGUCUCCUUCCUCUCCGCCAUACUUAUCCUAGGUGUUCCUGCCGAGAUGUUCAUGAACGGAGCUGAGCUUUGGCUCAUCUUUAUGACGGCUAUUGUGACCGUACCGAUAGUCGCAUUUCUGUACGUUCCCAUUUUCUAUGCCUGUAAGCUUACAUCAGUGUACGAGUACAUCAAUGAGAGGUUCGCCAGUCCGGCCCUACACGGUAUCGUGGUGGCCAGCUCGCUGAUCCAGAUCACCUUCUACAUGGCUCUGGCACUGUACGCGCCGGCACUGGCCCUCAGCUCGACCACGCCGCUCACACUUGAGAUGAGCAUCAUCGGAACGGCCGCCGUCGGCACCGCCUACACCGCAUUCGGCGGUAUGAAGGCCGUGGUGUGGGCCGACGUCCUUCAGGCAGCCAUCAUGGCCGCCGGAAUGGUCGCCAUCAUCGUCCAGGGAGCCAUCAACGUCGGAGGCUUCGGUAACAUUUUCACCAUCAGCGCAAAGCAAGACAGGCUAAAUAUUUUCAACUUCAACUUCGACUUAUGGGAAAGGCAUAAUUUCUGGAAUCUCUUCUUUGGCUCGAUAUUUGCUGGCGUGGGGAUGUCCGGAGUCUCGCAGCCCGCUGUCCAGCGGUACAACAGUCUGCCCAGCCUGACAGCAGCAAAACAAUGCUGUCUUCUAUUGGCACCCGGCUACAUGUUUUUCGGCACCCUGGCCUGCCUCUGUGGACUGGCUAUUUUCGCCAACUACGCCGACUGCAACCCACUAGAGCAGGGACUUAUUCAGAGAAAAGACCAGCUGGUGCCGUAUUUCGUGUUGGACCAGAUGUCCUACCUCACCGGCCUACCGGGACUGUUUGUGGCCUGCAUCAUGUCGGGAGCUCUCAGCACGGUGUCCUCUGGUCUGAACGCGCUGGCUGCGGUCACCUGGAAGGACUUUGUCGGAAACAUCCCGCUCUUCAUGAAAAUGUCGGCCGAAAAGCAGUCGUGGGCACUCAGAAUCAUCAGCAUGCUGUACGGGCUCGUCGCCGUGGGCCUGGCGUUCGUCGCCAGCAACCUCGGCGGUGUCCUGCAGGCCACCAUGAGCAUCACCAGUGCCUUCGGAGGACCCCUGCUCGGCGUCUUCACACUGGGCAUCUUCGUCCCCUUCGCCAACGGCAAGGGCACCCUGGCCGGCUUCGUGACGGCGCUGGCGUUCUGCAUCUGGAUGUCAUUCGGCGCCUUCAGCAGCGGCACCCAGCCGCCCCCGCUGCCCUCCUCCGUGGCCGGCUGUGGCACCAAUCUGACGUCACUGGCCGCCGCGGUGACGUCAUCCACACCGGCGCCGACCGCGGCCACGUCCAGCGCUCCGGAGGCCGAUGGCGACGGGCCAGGUGUCCUGGAGCAGUACAUCUACACCGUGUCGUACCAGCUAUACACCAUGGUUGGACUUCUGAUCUGUUUGCUGGUCGGCAUCAUCGGCAGCAUAUUUACCGGAUGCAGCCGACAUCAUCAUUUCAAGAAAUCGCUGGUAAAUCCAACGGCCUUCAGACUUCUGAACCGGUUCAACCGUCAUCAGGACUCGUUCGAUCUGAAGAGCGGCGUCCAGAACACAGGCUACACCAACGAUGAGAAGGAGGCUGAGAGUAACCAUCACCUGGCGACGUACAGAGGCGGACUGGAGCACAAGGAGGGACACUAAAGGACGCCGCUCGCUGUGUACACAAAUACCCAAUGUUAUACUUUAUUGUCAUGGCAUUGCUGAAUUACUCGUUUGAGCAGUUAUCAUAGUACGAUUGACGCUUUUACUUUUUGACAUAUUUGGGGAGUACGUAUAAAUGGAUCCGACAUUUUAUGUACGCACAAAUGUGGUAGUGAAAAGUGAUGUUCCAUGUUGUGUUUAUACUACGUACUUUUGUGGACGUUUUUAUAAUGAAUAGGUAAGAGGCAAAUAAUGAUGCAUUUGUUAGGUAUCAUAGUAAAUAAGAACUAGCUAUUGAACGUGUGUAUGAGAUAAUAGUUAUAAGAUUAGCUGUCAUCGUUAUCUUUUAUUGCGAAAGCCUAUAGGUGCAUGCAAAUGUCAGAUUGGGUGACAAAUAGUUAUUCAACCAAGUCUCUAUUGUUCUCACGUUAAGCAGCCCGGGAAAGUGCCGGUCAAAUGCGUUCAGAGAAUGGUUCUAUAAACUGGGAAGGAGAUGGCAUAAAAGAA